GUGCUUCAGUUGUUAUCGCUUGUUAGGUAAGUUUGAUAAUGCCCAUAUACAUUUUUACUAAACAGUGGUGUUUUUCAAAUAGUUUGAUGCGUUUAGAAACCCCGACGGACAUUGAGGUCAUUCGUAAAACUCGAACUUUAGAAUUAUUCAUCCCAUCGAACAGCAGGAGUUUAGGGUAAAUAUUGGCUGCAUGCCUUGGAUUUGUUGUGGAUAUCGGCAAAAAUACAUCGACGUGUCUAUUGCGCCAAUCGAGGAAAAUAGGGAGGAUUCAUACCAAAAUUCUUUCUUUGAGCAGAGUUACCGAAAUAAACACCUACCUUUUAGCUUCAAUCAAAAGCGGCGAGACUAUAAUUUAUGGACGAACGAAUCAGAUACAAGAUAACAAGUCACGAAUUCGGGCGCGGAAUUCAUCUAUACAUUUGGCUAAAUAGAGUUUUGGCAUUAUAGCUGAUGUCACUCCUUGAUGAAAACUCUGGAUCUAAUUUUUAACCCCAACCAUCAACUGUAAAUGAGAAUUCAAACUACUUUAUAACCCUCAUUUAGUUCUAAUUAGUAGUUGUUCACUCUCGUGGUCACUUUGGCGUCGCUCAAAGGUCGUCCAUAAAUUAUAGUCUCACCUCAAAAGCAAAUAGUCGACUUUUGUCGUUCAGUAUUACCAAAAUAUCCAUUUUCCUAACAGAGUCACUUCAAAUAAUCCACUUUUUAUCCAAAUUUCGUUUGUAUCCGUGAAAGUGAGGGGUUAACAAAAUGUUUGCUAAGAUUGUCAUCGUUCUUCUAUUUAUUUUCCGCUUAUUGUCUCUUUUGGGUCAACUAUUCAAAAUGCUACAAGGCUUGAAUAUGAGAAACAGUCAUUUCUACUGUCCUUCAUUGACUUUGUUUGAUCUUUGGUACUAAAGUUUUAUUCGUUCUUGUUGUUACCUCCUGCUAACGUUACGUUUUUGUGUUGAUAUAACGUGGUAAAUCUUGAAACUUCAUUAAUGCAUAGGUUUAAUCCUCUGUUUAUGUACCUGUGAGCAUUUCAGUCAUUCUGUUACAAUUGCUGUCAUUUUUUAUAACAACCAACAUUUAUUAUCAUAUAUUAACCGGAAGAAAUCUUCGUGAAAUGUCCCAGAUGAACACUAGUCACUUUCAAGUCAUCAGCGUGAUCUAACGAACCAAAUAUGCUCGGAUCUCUUAGGUUACAUUCACCAAACUUUUAUACAUACCAUAAUGACUUUAUGAUUUAAAUGAGUCUUGUAUUGUUACCCAUGGCCUGUGCCUUUAGCCAAAUAUAUACACCACUAAGUUUCAUUUUGAUGUGCUUUUGUCUGUCAUAUAUUCUAAAGGAAUUGGCCUUCCUAAUGUUUAUCGAAGUCAUUCCAUUCCAAAUCCUUGACAAUUUCGAAAUUAACCGUAAAAUCGCUGUGUAUUUACUAGGAUCAUGUGAUGAUUAGAAGUAUUUGAAUUAUUAUAGGAACUUAGAAUCCCCGAAAUAACGUAACUAAGGAAAAAUAAAAUUAAGUGAAUACGAACGAACGUAUUGUAUUCGGAAAUCAAAAUCAGGCGGUCUAAGGAAUCAUUAGUUCAUACAAACACCCAAGAUCAACUUCUCUCAAGAACCAUAUAGAGUCUGAGUUAGUGUUAGUGAACACCAUCCGACUGAGCACAAGCUUUCUUGAUCAGGAUGCCAGUUUAUAAAUCCUCUGUUUAACGUGUGUUUUGGAAUUGAAACUAAGGCUUCCUACUGGACUCGUUAAAAGAUUACAGUAAUACUGAUAUUGUAAUUAGGCCUAAAAAAUAGUGUCUUUACUGUACUGCUCGUUGAUUUUUUAAGUUACUGCCAACCGUGAAGUUCUGAUUGGUGCUACUAUUCAAAAUAGAACUUCGAUUGAAACACUGUCUGGGAAAGUUUUCUGAAUUGAUCUAUUAAAGCAAGGGAUAUGGCCCCCUCGAACUCUUCUAAAUUACUGAAUUUCUCACACUGAAGUUGCAGUCAUUUGUGGUAAAGUUUCUUUCCUAACCUGGUUCUAAUGCAGGAUCUUCUUAAUAUUCUUUAGUAAACCCAAAAUAUCGAGCAUGAAAGUUAUAAUCUCAGUUUGUUACUUCGGUUAUUAGGAAUUAUGUGAACGGUCUAUUCAGCGAGGCAUUGUCUGUCAUAUACCACAAACUAACCAACCAUAGGAUCAGCAACUGCGAACGUUCCUGUGAGUCAAUGAGGUGUUUUUCAAAGCAGACUAGCCAUAAAACGCGGCGUUUAUUGCCCAUGUUCAAGUAGGCACUUUAAUUAGCAAGUGCCAAUUUUUUUUUGUUUAUUAACAUAUCUAUUUACAGUCACAAAUAUACAGUAUGUGCGUGGUUUGCACUAAUAGACAUAAUAACCCCCAGAGCUCUACUAGAUUACAUUUUAAAGCAUGUAUUUCAUCAUUUUCAUGUGAAAACGAAGUGUCAAACGUAACUAACUAAGUCUUAAGUUCAAUAAUUAUAGUCAUAUGUAGCAAAUGCAAGUCAAUUCCUCGAAAAACCUAUAUCAACCAUUCAGUAGCUCAAUGAUACUCCUCAAGACCAUGUUAGAUGGUAUGGUUUUAUCUAGCUAAUUAUGGCCCUAAUAUUUGACACAUAACAUGUGUGGCCGAUUGAGAGAUAUCUUACUUUAGCAUUUUGGAAUAAAUAUUAUCCUUAUACACAAAAAUACUCCAUAAAAGAACAAUUUAAAUCAUAUUAUAUCUGUGCGUACGGUUACCUAUGUAUGGCUAACCUGACUUGAUAAUUGUAAAAUACUAGUGAUAUAUUGUUAUACUGAGUAUUUCGAUAGUUUCAUUUUGUUCACUUAGUGACUAAUUGUACUUCUGUCGCUUUCUCACGAUCAUGUUACGGUUUAUGUAUUUAUCAUUAUCGUAAAUAUUGUUUGUCUCAAUAACUAUGGAUAUUUGGUGAACCUUUAUUUCAGCCGUAACUUAAAACCGAUAUACGUUUUGAGUGAUAGUGAAUGAAUCUCCAAAAAAUUAUAUUUGACGACCUCGACAAUUUACACUCAAAAUUAGACAUUCUCAUCAGAUAUUCCAAGAAUGGUUUCCGUUUGGCAAAUGUACUUACAUUUCGUACUGAGUUGAAGUUAUUUCAGGACUACUGCCAAAGAAUCCUGGGACAGAUUGAACUAUGGAUAAUAAACUUUUUGUACACCAGUAGUCCGUAUAAAGAAAUUAGUUUUUGGAUUGAAGACACCAGUGAUUUUGGAAACUCUUUUGAGAGUUUCAUAAAGUCACUCGCUAUGUUGCAGAAUAUUAUUGAAUCAUCAUACAAACUCAUUUUUACUACAAACAUAAGUGAUGUGAUAUCAUUUGAUAGUGCGCAGCAGGAACAAAUGUAUUCUUUCGAAAAUAUUCAAGAAAGAAUCAAUUCUCUACAUUUAGAUUAUUUUUAUGAAAAGUCUAAAACCGAUGUGAUUAGUUCAAAUAAAAGGCGAUUUCAUCUUCAGUAUACAAACCUGAUAGAAGCAUUGGAUUUGUACGAUGACUACAGUGGUUCUCCUAACUUGUUUUAUGGAAAUAAGAACACAACAAAAAACUCCGAAAUAGAUUUACAGUACGAUGGCUAUAUUUCUAAAAUGAAGCAUACAUUGUAUAUUGUUUGGAAUCUAAUCACUGAUUUUUACUGGUUUUUAUUGGGUUCGAAAUUGAUCAGUCUUAAUUCUGAUUUAAAGAAUAAAAAUGAAAUAUACAAUAAAAAAGACAUGAUAGUUAUUCAAGCUAAUCAUAAACAAAGAGUAUUCAACAAUUUAUUAGAUCAUCUAACAUGUUAUCAAUGUGUUGUAUUACUCAAAGAUAUUCAUCUAAAAUAUAUACCUUGUAAUUUAAUUACAUCUUAUAAUGUUAAUUAUGUGCAUCACAAUUUAAAUUUAAUGAGAAAUGAUGAGAAUAAUUAUAUAAGCAAAUUUAUUAGUACUAAUAAUACUGAAGGAUUUAGCAAACAUUCCGAAUGCCUUUGUUCAGUGUUCGUAAAACUGGAUAAAAUAUUUAAGAGUUUGAAAGGUAUACAAUACAACUGUAUGAUUGGUCUAAAUAUGGAUCCGACUGAUUCCUAUUCACCUGUAGAAAUGUAUACAACCGUUUUAAAUAUAACAAUCGGGAUUGAACAUGGAACGCAUGCAAAGAGGCUCAACAGUAAUAAAUGUCAUGAAAAAUAUUACAGUACAAGUCCAUGUCAUUUUAUUUCAUACUACCGCAGUGAAUUAAUUAUAACUAUUCAAAGCAAAUCACACUUUUUGAAGUGUACUGGAAAGGAACUGGUUAAUUCAGCCAUCUCACAGAAUGAAAACGAAUUAAUUCACAGUGAACAAAGCCAACAAGUGAACAAUGGGUGUUCCUAUAGAACAUCUGCUUAUUUCAGUUGGUUUAGACAUCAUGUGAUUCCUCUCUCUUUGGUUGAUGGAACUUUUGCAUCUAUUAAUGAUGAUAAUUAUCUCAAUACAAGAAAGUGGGAUAUGUUUAUUAUCUGGCAAGGUCAACUAAAUACACCACAUAAUGAUGAUCAAAUAAAUUUUGAACAAUUAGAUAUUUCUUUUGAUCAUAUAAACAAGUCUGUAUCUAUGGAAUCUUUCCAUAUGAAUCCUAAUAUUACUACUAAUACCUCACAAAUAAAUGAAGGUGAUACUUCCAUUGUUGCUUAUGAGGAUAAUGAAGAUGGUGACAACACUGAAAAUGAUAUUACACAAAUGAAUGAUAAAUUUUCACCAGUCUCAACUAUUUCAAAUCUCCUACACAUUGACGAUAAUAAAUAUUAUGAAGAUUCGGCUUAUCAAACAUUGUAUACUGAUGAUAAUAUCGAUCAUAUAAAAUGGGAUACACAAUCUAUUAUUGAUUCUCAUGAAACAUUUGGUAUUUUAUCAGAGGUGUCUUCUAUGCAGAUAAAACAAAUUCCAAUUGAUCAUGAUGCUCAAUCUUUACUGGAUUUUGACAAUACGGAUAACAGUGUUGUCUGUAUGAAAACUAAUUUACCAAGAACUGACGAAUGUGACGAUGUUAUUAACAAUAAUAAUAAUAAUAUUAAUGAUAAUAAUAAUAAUGAGGAAUUGUCCAUCCUAUCAGAAAAACCUGAACUCCACCAUAAUGUUGAUUGUUGUAACUCAUCUCAGUCUGAUUACAAUGUAUUAGAUUCAAUAACAAGUUCCCUGUACAAUAUAAGUGAUACUAAUAAUAAUAUUAAUCACAUUAAUAAUAAUAGUAACAAUAUAGACGAAAUAGAUUCAAGAGAUAAUCACAUGGUGGAACGUAAUAAUCAUCAUGAAUUAAUGAAUAAUGAAAAGUCACCAUCCAUACAAUUUAAUUUCAUUAAUUCAUCUCUUACGCAAUUGGAAAAUAAAUUAAGUCGUAUUUCACUGGAACUUGAAGAAAUGGAAACAAAUGAACACCUUAGUGAUGAAUAUAUCAGAGAAAUUGACAAUAUUUUUCAAUUAUUACUUUUGAUUAAAAAAGAUACUUCACAAAUUGAUUACAUAAUAUCAAGUUGGAAUAUGGACAGAUGUUUAUCAGAGAGUGAUGAUUAUGUAACUCCUAGUACUAUAACUAUUUUAUAUAAUGAAUAUACUGAUCUAUCACAGUUAACUGGAAAAGUAGAACCUACGUUAGAAAUAAGUCCAGAAGAGAAUUAUCAGGGUCAUAUUGCUACACGUUUAUCAACAUUGAAAUGUUUACGUGCUGACUUGAUGAAACGCUGUGAUAGGUUAGUUGAACGCCUAGAGAAGCAAACAAGCAAUUCUGCAGUAAAUAUAAAUGAAGAACUUGAUUUUAUCAGUCAGAAUUUAGUUUCACUUGCUCAUAAACUUGACGAUCCUGACAAUAAUGACUCAUCAAAUGAUACUGAUACGUCAACAAUUGCCAAUAAACUAGAGAAACGGAUUACCGAUUUACAAGAAAUUCAAAAAGAAUUCACAUAUAUUGAAGAGAAUUUACAAAGGUUAAAGUGUACACCAGCAACGGAUUCACUAUCUUGCAAAUCUAUUGCCAAACUUGAUUGUAUUGAAAGUGAACUAAAUGACAUGCAAAUUAAUUUACGAAACCAGAUAAUAUAUUUAAAUAAUUUUCACGAACAAUACAGUAAUUUAACAACUGCUCUUCAAGAAGAAUUCAGUUGGAUGAAACAACAAGAGAAUGACUUAAAUCUAAACAAUAUGCGGUCAGAAUCAAAUGGUCCACAAGCGAAUAAUAAUUAUGAUAAUAAUACUGGCCAUCUAGAACAAGAUAUCACUGUUUUAUACAAUCUUAUUGUCAAAUUAUCACAAUAUUAUCACCAUAAACUUUUACCAAUGUUGGAAAAUUAUGAUAAAUUAAUGAGCGAUGGUGUUAGACCAUCAGGAAUAAUUACAUCUAUGUACAAUGCUGAAGAUAAUGUAUACCUAUCAGUGAAUAUUCUUAAUUUAUGGGACAGAAUAACUAAAGAGUUAAUGCCAAGAAAAUUCCAUGAAUUGAUCACUAGAUCAUAUGAACAAAUAACUAGAAACUUAACAUCAACUUUUCAUUGUCUACCGACUUUACAAUCAUUUGAACUUUUAUUUCCAAAUGGUAAUUUACCCAACUCGAAUUCUCUUCAUUGUCACGUAAAUAUCAUUUCAGAUCAUAUCAAUAUUAUUCAAGGUGAAAUUGACUGGUUGCAUAAAUAUAUUGAACCAAUCAUUAUGAAUGAAGAUCGACUUAAUUUAUUUACAGAUACUAUUACUAAUACUACUGAUACUACUAAUAUUACUAAUAAUGAAAAUAAUAUUGGAAUCAGUGAUCAAAUUGUAAAAUUCUAUGAAGUUAAUCAACAUCUAACACAAUUACUUAGUUAUUUUACACAAAUUUAUCAACAAUUAUCUGUUUUCUACAUACCGACUAUGGACAGAUAUCAUCAGACAAUUGAUCAUGCAUUGACUUACAUUAAUACUAUUCAAAAUCAAGUAGAAUUACUUCGAGAACUGGCAAUGUCUAUCAAGGUUAGUGACAAGGAUGAUAAGGAUGAUUGUGAAAGUACUAAUUACGACGAUGAACAAAAUGAAAAUGUAGAAUGUGCUCUAAUUACUUAUGAAAAGUUAGAAAAUCUAUGUACUGGAAAACAACAGUGUUUGGAACUAUUGGAAAAUGUUCAAAAUAAUCAUCGAACUAUUAUUGAUGAACUUGUAAAUAUAGUCAAACAAAUUCAAAUUUCAAUUAAUGAAGUGAUAAAAUCCACUGACAACAGUCAAGAUUGUUCAAAGACGAUGACGCCAGCAACAACAAUGCCAGUCAACACAAUAGCGACCAGUACUUAUUUGUCAAAACUACUGGAUCCGAUUGAAUCAACAUCACAAAGAUUUCUGUAUUUUAUUUCAGAAAUUCAAAAGAUAAUCUCUGAAUAUGAUCAGUUGAUUAUUCAUACAAGUACAAGACAAAAGUUAGUGCCUCAAGAAUUAUCUGUAAAUGAGAAUACACUGGAUACAUUAGAUAUGCAUGGUUCGGAAUUGUUUCAAGACGCUUGUAUACCAUCAGUUAAUAAUUAUCAACACCAUUUUAAUGUAUUCGACAAACAAUAUGAAGAAUUAUUAAAUGAAUCUUUGACAAAUUCUUGGUCAGUUGUUCGUGAUUAUUCCUAUUUGAAUGAUGAGAAUCAAUUGAAUAGACAAACAUUACUAGUCAAUAAUUUAUCUCAAACAAUUAUUCACAGUGGUGAUUCCAAUGAAAGACAUAAUACAGAAGUAAUAAUUCUGAACAAUAUCUUAAAGAAAAUAGAUUGUUUAGAAAAUAAUCUUAAAUUAUCCUGUUGUAAUAUAAUGAAUGAUGACCUGGUAAGGAAUAGAGUGAAUCAAGUGAGCGAAUUACGGUCUGAUGUAACUGAAAAAUUAAAUCAAACAAUUAAGGAAAUUGAACUAGUGCGAAUGAGCAGUCAACAAAUAGAAUAUGCUCAAGCGAAGUUGAAUGCUAUAAAAUCUACAUUUAAACAAUCAAGCGAUUUAUUUCAACGUAGCGUAUUCUCUCAAAACGAGGCUGAAUUGGUAACUAAUAUAUUUGAAACAUGUGGUCAUUUAAUUAAAAAACGAUUAUCUGAAACAAACCAAGUAAUUGACAAGCUUCAAGAAUUAAUUGAUGAAACAAAUUCUACUAAUCCAGGUCGUUAUUUACUACAGAAUUUUAACUUUGAUGAUGAAAAUGACAUAUUUCCAUCUGAAAUUGCGCAUAUCGAAAAUAACCAAUUGAUAGAUUCAAUAAAUUCUGAACAAAAUAACAUAUCUCUAACAUAUUUCAAUAUUCCUUUAUGGUAUGAACAAACUAAGGUAAAUGAUGAAGUGAUCAAUUUUCUGGAACAUAUAAAAAAUCAACGUGAACAACUAUUAUUUAGUUAUGAAUUAUCACAACGUCUUGCUAUAUGGUUAUCAGUAAUACAUCCUAGAAUGACCAAAUUGAAAGUGAAAUUUCAACACUUAAGUGUUAAGUCAGCUAAUUUAAGUGGCAAUAAUGAUCUGUGCUCACAUUUACAUGAUGUAACCCUGUAUCGACUUGAACUUUUCUCUCAGCUACCAAUGUUUCAGUGUAUCCUCAAUGACGUCAAUGAAUUCAAAGAUGUAAUAUUCCAUUUAAGUGAAGACUAUACAUCAGACAAUAAAAUCGAUCGUAUUGAACAAACAUUUUUCGCCUGUUUCAAUAAAUGUGAACAUGAAACUUCAUUAAAUAGAUCAAUUAUUCAUUACACUGAACAGAAAAUAAUGACAAUUAUAAAUGAUUUUAAUAACAUUCUUACAGAAUCAUCUGUUUAUCUAUCAGCUAUAAGAAAUCGACUCAUUGAAACAAAUCAGAUUUCAACAGUUCUAAAUGAAUUGUCAAAUUUGCUAGAUGAAUUCAGCUGUUUAGAUGAGAGAUUUGUAAAAGAUUGUAUGAUAGACGAAGAAGAAUUGCCUGUUCAUUGUACAGAAAACAAUUUAUCCCUUGUAAAAAACGUAUAUUUAAAUAACUGGACGAAAGUAAAAAUUCUAGAGAUGUGGCAUAAUGAAUUAAAAUCUAUACAAACUCUACUUAAAACUAUUUCAAAUGAUCGUUGCUUCGAUACUGUUACUGCUAAUAAUAAUAAUAAUAAUAAUACUGACAAAAUGAAGAUCGAGAAUGAUGUAAAACAAUUGAAACUGAAAAUUGAACAACAAUCUUACCAUUUAACAAAAAAGAAAACUGAACUGAUCAAUAAAAUAAAUCAGGAAAAUAAACUACAAUCUUCAAUUACUGCUUAUUCUGUUUGGUUAAGUCAACUGAAUGAUAAGUUAAUAAAACUUGCUAAACCAAAUAAUUUAACGUUGGAUACAGUGAACAGUACAUGGAAAGAAUUUAAGGAUUGGAAUUUAAAAUCACUCAAUGAAAGCAAAUUACGUAUAAAUAAUUUAAUAAAACAAUUACCUAAUUCAAUAUUCAAUGAUAUUUUUAAACAAGAUAAAUCGUUAUUUACAAAUAUUGAAGAUUACAUUUUCAAUAAUAUGAAUAUAUUCAAUGAAUUAUAUCAUCAAAAUUCAUUAUUAUUAUUAUCACCAUCAUCAUCAUCAUCAUUAAGAAACAACAACAAGAUUAAAUCUCAUUUAGAAUUAACUAUUCUACGUAUAUUAAGACAAUAUAUAAAAUUUCAAUUACAAAGUAUAGAAUCAAUGAAAUUAUGGAAAGUUCAUUUGAAAUUUAUAAAAUACUUUAUAAUAAAUAGAAAACAAUUACAAUUAUUAUUUAAUGAAAUUCAUGGUAGUUUAUCAAAACUUUAUAGACCAUCAAAAUUAGUUGGAUGUUGUACAGAACAAUUAAAUAGUGUAAAGAAUGCUAUUCACCAACUGAAAACACAUGAAAGAUUAGCAAUUAAUCUUUAUAAUUCUCUACCAUUAAUCAAAUCUCUAUGUCAUCCUAUAGAAGUAUCACAAACAGUAGCUACUAUUAAUACAAUGAAACACAAUUUUACAAGUCUCAUGCGUCGAGCAAUAGAACGGCGAAAAAUUCUUACUCAAGCAUUAAAAGAAGAUACUAAGUUUGAUGUAGCGUAUUAUAGUUUAUUAAACUGGUUCUUAACCAAACUGGAGAUACUCGAGGCCUUUGAAACACGUACAGUAUAUGAUGAAAACAGUCAGUUGUCACUUAAAACUUUGCAUAGAGAAUUUCAUGAACAACAAUCGGAUUAUCAUUUGGUGAUGAGAAUGGGCAGUAAUCUACGUGAACGUUGUACAUGUACAGAUCCAGAAAAGAAUAUUCUAAAUGAGAUGCUUGAAAAACUUCAACUUGUCAAAGGAAAUUAUGGGAAACGUCUGUCGAAGUGUCAAAUUCAACUUAGUGAAAUGUUAAUUACAAAACGGAAUCCUAAAUCCGCUCUAUCUCGCUUAAAUGAAUGGUUACAAAUGAUCGAAGAACAUUUAGGCAUUGAAAAUACUCUUAACAUUAAACAUAUUACUAAUACUGAUACCACUACUGUCAGUAGUUCUAUUAAACCAUCAGGAAAUGAUCAAAGUGAAACUGACAAUUCAAAUGACUUAUUAUCAACUAAUGUUAUAAGAUUGUUGGAUAAUUUAGCUAAUCCAGCUCAGUACACGAUGACUAUUUUCAACUCUAAAGAGUAUGAAAACAUUGCUUCUGUUUUGGGUGAUAUAAUUUUCAUUCAAUCAUUAAAUUCAAAUCAUUUGAUCUUAGCUGAAGAUUUACGAGAACAUGAAAAAUUAUAUCAGAUACUUGUAAAAAAUGAUCACAACAAUAAUGAUGAGUUCAAUAAACUUACAUAUCGUUUUAUACGAUUAAAACAAGCGUUCAAUCUACGUGAAAAAUGUCUUCAAAUCGCUGUUGAUGCUGCCUUAGAACUAAAUAAAAACUAUUCGAAUUUAAUUAGUUGGUUAUUAGAAGUAACCAAUAAAUUGAAUAAUAAAGAAAUUGAACUUGCUUACGUUACUAAAAAUAAGGAAACUGUUUUACAAAAACAAACAUUGUUUUUCCACUCCGCUGAUCAAUACAAAAUUAGAUUGAAUAUGUACGCAAAAAUACAUCACCAACAAAUCCACAUAUAUCGACCAAUAUUCAAUGACUUUGAAAAUGUAUUAAAACGUGUACUUGCUAAACCACAAGUAGAUAAACAUGAAGAACAGAAUGUUUCUGUUUACUGUUACUCGAAAUGUCGAAGGCAAUUCAUUAUUCAAUAUAAACAAAUUGUGAAUUUAUGGCAUAAACUCGAUCAAAGUUUACAAUGUUUACGACUUCAAUUAUUAUCACAACAACAAUCGGAGCAUGCACUCAUCCAUGAUUUAAUUGAAUUCGAAUGUGAAGAACAAUGGGUUGAUGAACAAACACUACAACUGAAUGAAUUAUUGACAAUAGAUGAAACGAUUUUCCAAAAUCUAUCUAAACAAAUAAUCCCAAUUGACUUGAUUGGAUCAAAUGUGGAACAAGAUACUCAAAUAUUGGCGAAUAUUAACUGUAGUAAUGGUAGUACUAGUUUAAUUUUGGAUUCAGAAUGUGAUCAUGUAAUUCAUAAUACAAGUAGUUGUGAAUUGAAAGAAUGCAUUUCUAACUCAGUAAAUCAUGGUGAUCAUGAAGAUGAUGAUGAUAAUAUUGCGGAUGACCAUGAAUAUGAUAUUGAGGGUUCGGUUGAUGAGGGAAUAUGUAAAGAUUUAGAAGUGCGAAUCACUUUUGCAAAAGAAAACUUUGAAGCCAUAAAAAAUAGAGAACAGAAAAUCUGUGAUUGUAUGAAUGCUUAUCGAAACCUUUGUGAAAUUAUUACUGAUAAUGGAAACAGUAGUAUAAAUAAUCUCCCUUCUAUUGAUGUUACUGCACAAUAUUCACCAAGAAAGGAAAUGGUCAAUGAAAAUUAUAAUAAUGAUUAUUCCUACUCACCUUUUACUACUGUUGCUGAUCAGGAUAGUUGUGAUAGAGCAAACAAAUUGAAAACCUCUUAUUACAAUCUAUUGAAUCGGUCUAGUCAACGAAUUAAACAAUUGGAAUGCUAUCAUAAAAAAUUACUUGAGCACAAUCUUUUAGUUCAUUUCAAUUUCGAUCUGUGGAAGCAGGGGUACUUACAGUGGAUUGCAAAUCGCCAUUAUCGACUAAGCGACAUAUUUAACCCUAAAGCCUUAUCGGCAUUACGAACUGACAGACAGCUAUCAAACAUAUCCACCAAUACAGAUGAAGUGAAUUCUGAUUUAUUCAAACGUCCAACACGAUUAUCUAAUGUAUCUACGAUUUCUCAGUCAGUUUAUACUUCGUCUAAUAAUAUCAAACCUCAAUUAUCUAACAGUCGUUCAUCUCUCAUCCGAUCGAGUAUCGAAUCAUUACAACCGCUCUCUGAUAACAAACAUAAACAAAAUGUCAGUCAUAAGCCAGAUGAAGUAAACUGUUCACAAUUUAUACAAGCAGUUCUACAUGGUAGACCAACACAUGAUUGGGCAAAUCCUAUUUUCAUCAAGUCUGCAUUUUAUACAAUUGACCAAGCAAAAAAGGGCAUAGUUACAUGUCAUCAGAUUAUUGAAGCAUUAAGUCCGAAAAAACAGCAUAAACCUCUACCAACCGAUAAAUUAAUUGAACAUGCAAUAGAACAAGAAACUAGUAAAUGUGUUUGUCAACCAAAAUUUCAACCGAGAAAAAUUGGAAAGGAUCGAUAUUGUUUUGGAUCCAGUUCACGAGUUUACUUGGUUCGCUUCUUGAAUAGUACAACGAUUGUGCGAGUAGGAGGUGGAUGGAUGAGUUUAAAUGAAUUCUUGGAUUCACGUGAUCCAUGCAGAAUUACCCAUAAAACAAGUCAUUUUGGUAAUACACCUAUAAAGGCUAAUCUGAUGAAUACAAAUUCCACAUCAAAACGUGAAAGUAAUUUAGGAUUAAUUAAUGUAACUCCAAUUAAUAAAUCACGUCUUACUACAUUAAACAAUAUGAACUCUAAAGAACAAAGAUCAUUUGUAUCAACUCCUUUAACAAAUAAGGACUGUGACAUGAAAUCACUGAAUUCAUCAUAUGAGAAUGAAGCAUCAAUCCAUAACAACUCUUCAUUACUAAAACAAACUGUUCCAACGAAAACUGCCAUCUUCAACAGGGCUACCACUACACGGACAAGUACUAAUAAGAAGAUAAACAAAUGAUCAUCUGUAAAUUGAAUUCGAACUCACUAAUUCAUCCCUGUGAACAAACAAUUUUUUUUUUGUUUUGCAUUUUUUUAAAAAAAAUUUUCAUAAAUGGAUUACAGAACAUCUUUAUUGCUUAAUUAUUAUUCAGCAUUCUGUUUUGUUUGUUUGUUUGUUUUCUAAUUUUUGCAUAAACAAUUUUAUCAUAGUUCUUCAUGUUUACCCCGGUUUGUUUAUAUCAAUUAUUCUAAUCUAAUAAGCUAAGAUCAUUGUGCUUUUUUUUAAAAAAAAAUUUUUUAAUUGAUCACUAAUCGUUUUCAUGUUCCGUCUCAUGAUUUGAUGUUUUGGAAGUUUUGAAUGAUUAAAAAUUUGUUACUUAGCAACUUGCUAGCAAAUUAUUAACGGUUCAACAGUUUGAGAAAAUUAUUUUACUUGUGUUCACAUUCGUUUCUUUUUUAAAAAAAAUGUUUUCCAUAUCAUUCCAUUAAGGUUUAUUUUGUAUAAUGCAGGUAAGUGAGAUUUUCUCAGAUCAAUUAAAUACUGUUGUGUUUAUGACUAAAUUAGUUUCUAAAGAAUAACUAAUUAAUUUUUACAAUUUAUUUUUAUUUUGUUAAAUUUAUCGCUUCAGAAUAAAAUUUGCUUUAGUGUUUA